UAUUACAAUGGGUUGAAGUGUUGUUGGUGUCAUUUUGGUGUAUGCUGUGGAGGGACAAUGGUGGACAAGAAAGGAGCUAGGAAGAACUCAAUGGCUGCGGCUAUAGAACGCCAUGGCUUCGGCGUUCGCCACAUCCAGAUGAGCGUAAUGUGUGUUUGCAUGACGGCUCUCUUUAUCGCGCGGAGCAGUAUGGGAGUGGCGAUUCUAGCCAUGACUGACAAAAGUCGUAGAAACGACUCUAACGUUAAGAUAUACGACUGGAACAAGGAGACCCAGGGUCUUAUCCUGUCUUCUUUCUUCUGGGGAUACAUCAUAAUGCAAAUCCCAGGUGGGCUGCUUUCCAAACGUUUCGGAGGAAAGCCUAUACUACUAUCAGCUAUGGUUGCCAACGCUGCCAUAAAUUUGAUGAUACCAACACUGGCGGAGCUGGGCGGCUGGCGUCUAAUGUGUGCAUCAAGGGUCCUUAUGGGUCUGUCUCAGGCCUGCUUGUUCCCCGCAUCGCAUACACUUAUAGGACGAUGGCUUCCAGCUCACGAACGAACUUCGUAUACUGCAAUGGUUUAUGGAGGAUCAAUGAUUGGCACGAUAGUGGCCAUGCCUGUGUCUGGUAUUCUAGCAGAGACUGCUAUCGGUUGGAAGCUCAUAUUCUAUUCUAUAUCGGGGCUUGUUUUUGUUUCUGCCGCCAUAUUUUAUCUCGCAGCGGCAAGCUCUCCAGGCGAGCACAAACUGAUGAGAGAUGAAGAAAGAAAAUACAUAGAGAAAGGAUUGAAUGCGGGAGGAUCUAAGGAAAUGCGUACCCCAUGGAGUGACAUAUUCCGAACCAAGGUAUUCUGGGUCCUAGUCGUCACACAUAUAGGUAGUGCCGUCAACUUUGUACUGUUCUUCGUGGACUUACCCACGUACCUGGAGCGGGGACUGCAAAUAUCUUUGAAAACUAGUGCAUCUCUGUCUGCUCUUCCAUACAUUGGAAUGUGGAUCGGCUCAGUAGCAUCAUCUGCAGUUUGUGAAGAAAUAUACAACAGAAAAAUUCUCUCUGUCGGAGUUUGCAGGAAGAUAUUCAAUUCUAUAUCGUUUUUCGGUAUGUCAGCAUCACUUAUCGUGCUAUCAUUUCUGGGUCCAGAGAAUAAGAUCACGGCCGUUGUUGUCCUCGUCAUCGCUUUAACUUUAUCUGGCUUCAAUGCUGCUGGGUUUAUGAUGAGUCAUCUGGACAUAUCCCCAAACUUCGCCGGCGUGUUGUUGUCUCUGACCAACUUCUCAGCAAACACUGGCAGCAUUCUAACACCCAUUAUUACUGCUCUCAUACUAAACAAUGAUCCGACUGACGUGAGUCGAUGGCGUAUAGUGUUCCUGUCGACUGCUGCUCUGAGUGCCAUCACCAACACUGUGUACGUUCUAUUCGGAAGCAGUAAACGGCAACCUUGGGAUAGUCCUGACUUCAAUAAAACUGCAGAUCCUGAAGAAAUGACACCAGCAUUGGCGAAAAUUGACACGGAUGAAAAGAAAUGAUAAUGGUUUGACAAUGUGAAGAGGCAUACUUCGCAAAUACUCGUA